AUGUCCCCUGCUGCCAAAAAGGCUGAAGGGGAUACUAAAGGAUAUAAAGCCACGGUGAAGGACGAGCCACAGAGAAUAUCUGCAAGGUUGUCUGCUCCUCCAAAGCCAGAACCCAAGCCUACAAAGGCCCCUGCAAAGAAGGGAGAGAAGGUACCCAAGGGGAAGAAGGGGAAAGCAGAUGCUGGCAAGGAUGCAAAUAAUCUUGCAGAAGAUGGAGACACCAAAACAGAUCAGGCACAAAAAGCUGAAGGUGCUAGAGAUGUCAAGUCAAGUGUGGCAUUUUUGAUAAGUGUGCACCUCUGUUGA